GGUGGUUUUGCCAUGCAUUUGCCAUGUAUAUCCAUGUAUAUCCGUUGUUCACAAACAGGGGUCCUAAGAUUGAUCAUGUGGGUCAGUCUGUGUUUGUUUAGGGCACCCUUUGCACACUUUCGCUAAUGGCUGCGAAGCUUUUGCUCAUCUUACCCCGAUACUCGUCUCAUUUUAGUCAUUGCCGCCAUGAUUGCAUUGAGCCGCAGCGUCUUGCGCCUGUGCCUUGUCCUCCUUGCAGUGGUUCAGUCGGAGAGUGAUCAAUGCGAGGGUGCGAAGGCAGCAGGCGCAGUGCUGCUUCAAGCUUCUGCCGCUGCCAACCGCACGCUUCAAGCUUCUACUGCCCACACGGAGGCAGAGGUUGCAGAACGCAUCGAGCAGGACUUGGAGGACAUCGAGGACUCCCUGGUGGAGAGAGCCCGCGCCCGCGGGGACUCUGAACUGGAGCUGGAAGAUGCGGUCCAGGGCAAGAACUCAAGGCGCCGGCGCAGCCGACGGCGCACAACCACCACAACAACCACCGUGAACUGCGGGUCCAGCACAGACUCCUACUCCCUUGCCUUUACGAUUUAUGGGGGCAGCUGCCUCGAGGGUCCCAACACUGGAGGUGCAGCGAGCUUGGACACCGCCAGCUGCAGCACAAACAACAACAACCGGGACCAGUUCCUGUUUGUGGAUCAGGGAGAUGGGUACUGCAAGCUCCAGUCUAAGUACGGCACCCGUCGCCGCAGUGCCUCAGGAAAGUCGGUGACCUGUGGAACGAGCUCAAUGUCUGUGGCUUACUGCAAGGCCCAAGGGAGCCAGAGCUACACCAAAUUGAAGCUUGAAGAUCUCGGCAGCGACAAGUUCACCAUGUGGUGGUAUGACAGCUCAGGAAAUGUGAAACAGGCCAAGAGGGGUGCAGGCGGGAUCAAGCUGGCAGACUAUACCAACACUGAUGAGCCUGAUUUCAAGCUCUACAAGAACACGGUCUACAGCAACACCUGCCUUCUGAGCAAAAAUGAUCUUGGCCUCAGCUGCUGGAAGUGAACGCAGCGCUUCCUUGCAGGCAGAAUCUCAGAAGCAGGUUUCGUUUGUUCAUGUUCUUUUGGUGAGUUUGAAAUGCAGCGUGAAAUCGCGUUUUGAAGGUCGUUUCUUACCCUUUCAGUGAUUGCAUCACUCAGAAGGUUGUGGAUGUCAGCGACAUCCAGUCGCCUGGUAUUUGCCAGACUCGGCCUGUGUAGCGGGCGUGAG